AUGGCUCAGAAGGAGAGAUUAUUCCAUUCCCUUCCUCAAGCCAUCAGUGAUGAGCGAUACAAAAAAGUGAGCUCAGAUCUCGAUUAUCAUAUAAGGAAAAAGAAAACUAAAACCACUCCACAUUUGCCAAUCUUGUUAGACGAGAGCGGCACGCAGUUCGUAUCAGAUUCACAGAAAGCAAUGGGUCUGGGCAAAUAUUUUGCAAGCGUCUACUCCGAUACUAAUACAAGUGAGGACAUGGAUCACUUCACUCAUUUCCUACUUGACGAUACUCAACGAGAACCGACGCUUUAUUGCAUGUCUGGUCUCACCACACUAGCCGUAUAUCCACGUAAAGGAAAACGAUACAUGCACGUGAUUCUCGUUGACGAAGAUGUGUGGAUCCUGCUGGUUCUGAAUUCAAUUGAUAAGGUACUGCAUAUAAAUGCUAUCUGGGGAGUUCUGGAGUUGCGGCGCUACCUUGAUAAGUUGGGUUAA